AUGGCGGCAUCGAUACCUGGCGUCCAAAGUGACCGGGCAUAUGAUCAAAAUCAGAACAUCUUCGAUGCUGAGGCCCCACCAAUUCAGGAUGAUGACAUGCAAGAAGUCAGCGGUGUCCAAGACGAUGGCGACGAGGAUGCAAUGGACGAAGACGCCCUCGAUGACAAUGGCGAACCAAUACAGAAAUCUGGCAAGCCACGCAAACUCCGCAUAUUCGAAAAGACAGGCCCACAAGCCAGUGUCGCUCAAAUCAGGGAUCUCCGUCUCCUAACCCAAUUCGUCAAAGACUUCGAGCUCAACAUAAAGCAACGUGAGAUCGACGAGUACCUAGGUUUCAAAGAACGAACAUCACGACGCCUAAGGAAACAGAAAACCAAAUCGGAGCUUGUCGCCGAAGGCAAGCUCGAGCGCCAUCCACGCGCCGACAAUGCCAAGAAAGCAUUGAAGGUGAAGGCUGCCAAGCGCGCUGACAAGAAGAAAGCAGCGGAAGUGGAGACGCAACUUCCGCUUCAAGACCAAGAUCAGAUACAGCAAGAGCCUCCUGUCGAUCCAGCCUUGCCUGAUGGCUAUAUGGAAGGAUGGCAGAAUCAGUUACAGGGUCAGUUUGACCCAACCAAUUAUCAUCAACCACAACAGACGUUGCAGGGAUUGCAAUAG